CCUCCAAAACAUUUUUUCUCCAUUAACACGGCAACUCCCUUCGUCCCAUUUUCUGCUACCUCUAUAAAUAUAGCAAAUACUAAAACAAAAGCAUAACAAGAAAAGUAGUAUUUUUGAAUUAGAAUUAAGAGAAAAAGAGAACACAACAAUGGUGGAAAUUAUUUCACCAGGAUUUAGAUUUUAUCCAACAGAAGAAGAGUUAAUAUCUUUUUAUUUGCAUAACAAGCUUGAAGGGAAAAGGCCAGAGCUUGAUAGAGUAAUCCCAGUUGUUAAUAUUUAUGAUCUUGAUCCUUGGCAUCUUCCAAACUUUCCUGGGGAAUUAUGCAUGGGAGAUACAGAGCAAUGGUUUUUCUUUGUGCCAAGGCAAGAAAGAGAAGCAAGAGGAGGGAGGCCUUGUAGGACUACUACUUCUGGUUAUUGGAAAGCAACUGGUUCUCCAAUGUAUGUUUAUUCAUCAGAGAGUAAAGUUAUUGGAGUGAAAAAAAGUAUGGUAUUUUAUAAAGGAAAAGCACCUACUGGGAAAAAAACUAAGUGGAAGAUGAAUGAAUACAGAGCUAUUGAAGAAGAAACCUCCACCUCUUCAAGUUUUUCUAUUCCUAAGUUAAGGCAUGAAAUGAGUUUAUGCCGAGUUUACAUCAUAUCCGGAAGCUGUCGAGCAUUCGAUCGACGACCAGUGGCACCAGUGACAACAAGGGAACCAGCAAAAACAGUUAUAAAUCAAGAAUCAGCUGCAAUUUCUGUGAAAAAUGUCAGCAAAAUGGAGGCAGUAAGUUCCCCUGAUGAAAGCCUGGCUAUGGGAGAACAAGAGUAUCUUAAUCUUCAUGAUGAUCAAGUCCCCAUUAUUAAUGAAGCAAUUUGCAUCAGUUCCCACAACAAGAGGGUUAAAACUGAUCCUUAUGAGCCUCUUAGUGGUUGGGAACAAUUUAAUUGGAUGUAAAAAAUUUGAUAUUCAUUUUUGGGUCCUGACUAAUCUAGAUACGCGCCGUGUGAAAUUCAUUAAAAGGAGAAUCACCCUU